AUGCUUGACGAAGAAAAGCGCGUAUCUUCCGACGAAAAGGAAACCCAGUCGAGAAGCGACGUCGUCGAUCAUAAAUCCGCUGUUACGUCCGAGGAAGAGAAGAGGCUUGUGCGCAAGCUUGAUCGUAGGAUUUUGCCCAUAACAUGCUUGCUUUAUCUCUUUGCUUAUCUUGAUCGCACGAAUCUUGGAAAUGCACGCCUUCAGGGACUCGCACAGGAGAACCUUAAUGGCGAUCCUACUGGUACACUGUUCGAUUGGGUCAACUCGGCAUUCUUCUUUUCGUAUAUUCUCUGCCUAGUGCCUGCAACGAUAACCUCAAAGUUAUUUCCACCAUCUUAUUGGAUGGCAGCCGCAGCCGUUGGGUGGGGUAUCUGUUCCACGUUGAUGGCAACGACAUUCAACUUCGGAAGUCUCAUUGCGGCCCGCGUUGGGCUUGGCGUCUUUGAAGCUGGCUUCGGCCCUGCAAUUCCACUUUAUUUCUCGUUCUUUUACACUCGCACCGAAAUGGGCUUGCGCAUGGCAUACUGGUUUGGCUUUGCGGCGGUCGCGGGUGCGUUCGGUGGGCUCAUUGCGUUCGGCGUGCAGCAAGUGGGGUACGGUCCGUACAUCGCGGGCACCGGGGGAGAGUGGGACUGGAAAGUGCUGUUCCUUAUUGAGGGAAUUCCAGCUUUUCUUCUCGGUAUUCUGACUUUCUUCGUGCUGCCUGACCGACCAGAGAGCACGAGAUAUUUUAAUGCGAGAGAAAGAGAAAUUGCAAUGGAACGCAUGAACAGGGGUACGAGCGCAGAUGUUGGCGCUGUGAUCAAUAAAGAACACAUCAUCACAGCUCUCCUCGAUUGGCGGAUAUACACCGGCGGAAUUAUCUACUUUGGUGUGAACUGUGCUCUGGCGAGCAUUUCGGCAUUUUUGCCCACCAUUAUUAAGACUUUUGGGUAUACCAACGCUCUCGCUCAGUUACUCACAGUCCCGCCGUAUGCAGUGGCUGCUAUUGUCCUCUGUAUGACGUCCUACACAUCCGAUCGCAUGCAGAACCGUGGCCUAGCGGUUGCGAGUGCCUGUGCUGUUGGUACUAUUGGCUAUCUCCUUUUGCUCACAGUCCCUGAAAACGUCCAUGUGCGAUACUUUGCCGUGUUCUGCAUCACGAGCGGGACAUACACUGCCAUUGGUGUGAUCAUUGCAUGGUACGCACACAAUCUCGGCUCUGAGACUAAGAAGGCGACGGGCAUCCCGAUGUUCAUGGCCAUUGGGCAAUGCGGGAGUAUCCUCGGCUCGCACAUAUACCCUUCGACGGACGGCCCGAAGUACAUUCGCGGCUUCGCUAUAUCAUGUGGCCUUGAGGCGUUUUCCACUAUCUGCGCGCUAGUGCUCUGGGUGUCGUACAUGUACGAGAACGCGAAACGCGAUCGCGAAUGUGGGCGUCCGGACCCGGGUGCGACGGUGGAUACAAGUGAAUUGGCGGAUAAGGCACCUAUGUUCAGGUACAUACCUUAG